AUGCUGUUAGAAAGACUGCACAAAAGACUACACGCUAGCUCUUCCAAGCGAUCUCAAGAGAAAAAGGACAAGGUCCACACUCCGGAUGGAGCGCCACCCGUGCAGCCAGAGCCUCAGCACCAGAAGCAGGAACCUCAGCCGCUGCUGAACUACGAUUACGAUGAUAUGAUCGUGUUUGACAGAAACGUGUCUACUCCCGUCUUCACCCCUGUGAUGACUCCUGUGAAUAAUACCGGCUCGAACCAAACCAAACACUCGGCAAACUCUUACUUCCCACCUUUCCUCAAUAAUAAUAGGACUAGACAGAAUAGCGCCUCUUCGUUGGCGAGUUCCGUGUCCGAUUUCCCUCAAAGUUUUAAGCAACAAGCCGUUUUCAACAGUAAUCCGCAAGCCACUUCCUUCACACCUCAGUUUGUCGGUCUGCUAAUAGAAGUCUACCAAGAUACUUGCAGUGAUCCUACGAUAACUCCCUUUGACACUACGAACCCCCCCUCGGGGAUUCUCAAUAGGGUGGCCAAGGCGGCCAUACAGCAGUCUGAGGUCCAGCAAUUGGACAUCGGCUGUGACAGAAAUAGCUGGCUUUUAACGUUAGUAAGACAUCGCUUACUACAAGAAGUGAGGAAAGACGGUUACCUAUCUCGUAACACUUCCCUCACUUCUCUACCGCCGCCACCGCCACCCCAGUUCGCUGAAAUGCUAAGAGUACCCUCCCCAUUCGUUAACGCAGAUAUCGCUGAUCCUAUUCCGCUAUCGAACAUAAACUCUAAUCCAAACUUAAAUUCAAACUUUACGAAUACGUUAAACUGGUAUUCCUCGCAAAGGUCUACCAACCCCCCAAUGAAAAGCAGAAAUGGCUCAUCCCAGUACAUAUCAGAACUUCAGCCGCAACCGUUAUUGGCUCGCACAAACUCAAACAGCAGCACUAAUAACAGCAGCAUAUUCUCUCUACUCACACCAACUCCGACCACAGAUUCUCCAUUCAAUUUUAACAUAGCCUUACUAUCAAGGCAACGCAGUAAUAUUAUAUCGUCUCCCUUGGCUAGCACCCGCCUGCCAACCACAAACGUGACAGCCGAAGACCCCUCUAUAUUGCCUACCGAUUCACUAAGGCUGAAAAGAGAUUUACUGCGUCUUAAGAGAUAA